AUGGAAAACAGAGCAAUACAUACUUCUCCAACAAGAUGGUUGCAUCACUAUUCAUCAACCACAGACAGUACAAACUCACCGUUGAGAAAGGCCGAUACAAGAUGGCUAAACAAAACUUAUUUCCCAAAACAAUCUACCAAACUUGGUUACUUUGAGGAGAAGCAUGUGAUGACACAAGGUAAGCUGUCAAUGUUCUCGCGAUUACUAUCGAAGUUUAGAAAUAUAAGUAAAAAAGAAAUCACAUCUCCAAACAAUCGGUCACUGUCUAUUUUGUCAGAGAAAAUUCACAAGAGCCAUUCCGUAAGUGCGUUUUUCCCAUCCACAACUUCUAAGGAGACGCCAUAUGAGAACAUAUUUUCACCACUUGUUGAUAAACCCAUGGAUACCAUCGAUACAAUUCAGGAAAAUGAUUGUACAAUGGCAUUUAUCAAACAUGAUUGUCGUACAGAAUCAAAUUUCUUCAGUAGCGACUUCUUCAGAGACAGUGUCAGACCAGUCAUUGAUUACGAUGAAAGUGAAAUUACAGAUUAA